GAGUCCCGCACCUUCCACAACAACCCCCUCCAUCGCGCAAAUCAUCGCGACACCCAACACCACCCACCCCUCGCCGAUCGCCACUCGUAAGGCCCAGCUCUGCUAUCCUACAAUAUGGGUGAUCACAUCGAAGCUGCAAAGCAGGCCUGGCACCAAGCCCAGAAGCUUCGCAAACAUCUACAGAAGGAGAUUGAGAAGCUCAAGAGCGACUCCGAUGGCAAUGACCUUAAGCAUUUUGAGGCCUUGGAGAGCGUCAUAUCCUCUCUCCGACUCGCUUGCCUCCACGUCAUAUUUCACGAUUUCGAGUAUUCCGCCACCGAAAAGGUCGAUUCCAACCUUUGGCAAGCACACAGUAUUGUCAACAGCGAGUACCGAAAGGUUCUCGGUCGUCUGAGAUCUUCGCAGCUUGCUGUACAGAAGCGCAAGCUGGAUAGGAUGUACAGCGGCUUCCUGAAGACUGCGCAGAAGUUCUACAUCGCCUUCAUCCAGCGGUUGUCCGCCGUCUACCCGAUUUCCGAGCUCCAGCGCAUUGCAGAGGGCAUCAAGGCAGAGAAGCUGGCCGAGGAGAACCCCAUGGCCAAUACCACGCCCGCUGUCCGCCAAAUCAUCCUCAAAUAUGUCCACUCAGCGCUCAUUCACCUCGGCGACCUCUCACGAUACCGGAUGCAAGCACGCCACAGGGUCCCCAGCUACGAGGCGGCCUUGACCUACUAUUCCCUCGCCCACGACAUCGUCCCCACCUCAGGCUUCGCCCACCACCAAAUGGGCAUCAUCUAUUUGGAUGAGAAGAAGCACCUGGACAUUAUAUACCACUUCUAUCGUGCCAUGGCCAUCGAGGAACCUCAUCCAAUGGCGUCGCAGAACCUUGAGGCUGAGUUAAAGAGUCUCCAGGGGCCCAUCACGCCGGCUCGGCGCACCGGCCCCCCUGAUACGCAGGAGGCAUUCGUAGCCUGGUUCGUCCGGUUGCACUCUCACUUCAGCAAAGGGGAGAUCUUUUCAUCGUACCAGGAGCUCGAGAAGGAGGUGGUCAAUCAUUUGGAGAUUGCGAUCAAGGCGCCAAACACUCAAGCCAUGCUCCUCAAAAUGGUCUUGCUCAACAUCUCUGCUUUUUACGCGUCCAAUGAGAAACUGAACGGCAAACGGACUGAGGCUGCUCUGCGAUCAUCUCACUUCAUCUUACGUCUGAAUGCUCGGUUCUUUAUAACGUUUUGCCGUCUCCUCAAGAAGGAGCUGGAAAAACUUAUCGGAGAACAGACACCUGAGCAACAGGAUGGCACUGUGGACAAAGUCACAACCUUGAUAGAGAACACUCUCCCAUUUGUGCGUCUGUACGCCGCCUGGUUGGUUGCCUGCCGCGCUGAGAUCAUGCGUGCCCAAGACACUCCGGAACUCUUCGUCAAGGACAUGUACAGAGGCUUUGCCAAGGCACUGACUGGCCUUUGCGAGAUGUAUGGCAACGAAGACCUCAAGCUGGCCCCCUACCUACUUGCCGAGGACCAGGAAGCCAUAGGGAUGCUUCCGCUCUGCGACCCACAGCUGCCGGGCAGUUGUCGUCUCAACUACAACGAGGAUACCGGAAGCCUGAAGCCGCAGGUCGAACACUAUGGCGGUCAGAAGCUCAACGGUCUGCAAGAGACGUUUUCCAGAGUCUUGGACACAAUCAAGUGCGGCUUUUUCCUCGCCAAUGACGAUACAAACUUCCCCUUCACCUAUACCUCGUCUCCUAAGGGACUCACCUUCAAAUACGAGGAGGACUACACGCCCAAGCCUUCGGUUGUUGCCGCCAUUACUCAGCCCUCGGUUGCGGAAAACGCCCCUGCCGAGGUUGUUAUCGCGCACCGUGAACGGCCUCGGCAUUCCAGUCGUGCCAAAAAUACUUCUCCGAGUUCAACACAAUCUGUAUCCCACCACGAUGCAGCUCCGCCGCAGGUGCAUUCGCACUCUACCCCUGGCCGCCAAAAGUUUCAAGGCCAAUCCGAGUCGCAUCCUACUCCGGGUCGCAACAGAGCCCAAGGCCAGUCCGAGUAUGAUUUCAGUUCCGAUGCUGAUAUGCUCCACAUGGUCAACGACUUCCUCAUGCCUCCUCAAGCUCACAUGUCUGCCACAGAGAGUCACGAGGAGACUUCCUAUGGAAUGAACUCGGUCAUGGCUAACGAGGUAUUUGGUGUGCCCCCAACCAAUAGCCCGCCUGCGCUCGGAUCCGCCACAGCCAAGACGUUCCCAAGCCUGCCAUGGGAUAUGAUUUACACCCCAACGCCCCAGGGCAAGAACUCGGAGCUAACACCACCAGACCGCGCCAUCCGCGAUGCAGCUGCUCGGCGAUCCUUUGAUGGCAGUGCUGACCCCAAGAGAAACGUAUCGGCCUCUGGCCAUGUGAUGUUAGAUGACCCAUUCGCGGAUUUUAGCGAGAACCAGUACCUGCCUCAGCGGCAGCAGCAAGCGCAGCAGCGGCCCUUCGCCAGCACUCCUGACAUCACGGCUCAUCAAGACCGCCUGCUGCAGGCGUUUGGCAAACAGCCUACCGACUCGAGGUCCAUGAGCCGUGACUUCUCCGGCGCAGGUUACGGCCUGUGGGGAACCCCAUACGCGGAACUCAACCCCAAUACGCUGCAGCCCAGGGCGUCGUCUACCCAUGCUCGCUCGUUGAGCGCGUCUCGGCAUCAGUACGCCCAAAGCCCCAGCAUGGUUCAGGGUGCUGCAGAGAACUUUUUGCCGUCUUCGGGGACCCAAUUUUCCAACGUCAGCGGCAUCUACCAAAGCACUCCAUGCAACGGCAUCAACUACACGGCGACAACUGCUUUCGGAAGAGGCCCCAUCGCUGACAUGCGGGAGGACCCUACCCACUACAAGAAUUUGGUCAGACAAAACGGAGGUGCCGCUACUGACGGCUACACGGCCGGGUAUAACGACAUGAUUCUUCAGUCUGCCAUGGCCGACGAGAUGAAGCGCGCAUCGGGCCCGAGCACGCGUCAUUGAAUCAUGUUGAUGCAGAACCUCAAUCUGAGUUCUUGCCCAACGCGCGCCCGCCUUCCAGGCGGCGUGAUUGGAAAAUCAACGCCUCAUAUUUGCUACCGCGAUCAAAAGUCAACAUGAUCGCCUGGUUGUCUGCACCUUGGUCCGGCAAAUGUUUUGAACGGAUUUCACUUGGGACGAUGGAGGAAGCGAUGGCUUAGGAUUGUCAUUUGGCUGUUUUGGGUUCAGCCAAAAGUCUCUUCAUUGUUUUCUACCCGAUUUCUCAUGACCCAGGGCUCGCAUCGUGGAAGAUGCUCAACCCAUAUUGCAAGUUGAUGCAAGUGCGAUUGCCAUUCAUUUGAAGCUCUGCAGGAGCCAACGCCGUUGUUGAAACCGUUUUCCCUUUGAACCCCCCUCAACGCCAGACUAUUCUGAACAAAGAAACUCAAAUGCUCGAGGCAUUACGUUGAAGGCAGAACCCCUUAGGCAGAGGAAUAGGUCUGCUUAGGGAAGGGGUAACUAGGACCAUGUUAGCAAAUGAUGGCAGAGAGAUGUGCCAAAGCCAGUUCCGAGCUCAUUUGUGCAAAGCCUGAGCAGCGGCCGGUCCAUUCAAACCAAAGUAAAAGACAUAACGGGGGU